CUUACUCACUCUUUCUUUUACUCUCUUUCUCUGAUCAGUUCAUGAUUCCGUCUUUACUGGAAUGGCGGGCACCAGAAUCACAAACAUGCAGAAUAUGGCAAAGCAGCCUCCUCUGGUCCUGCCUCACACAGGAGGAGCAGUCCAAAUGCGGAUUAAGAGUUCUACUACCAACACAGGAGAGAGACUGAGUCAGACAAAAUCCAUGGUCAUCCCAGAUGCAGACGCACCGCAGAAACCUAUCUCCCGUCAUCGAAGGAACCAGUCCCAGCACAAUAUGGCUGGUCCCUUAGUGCCUGAUCCAAUGGUGCUGAAGGGAGAAUAUCUGAACAAAGCCAAAGUUGCAGAAGGAGGCAAGAAACAAAGGAAAAACUGGACAUCAACCUGGGUUGUCCUUGGAUCUGACCAAUUGCUGUUUUACAAAGAAAGCAAACAAGAAGCUGGGAAACCUGGAUUCAAACCGGAAAAAGUGGAUCUCUGUGGAGCUGUUGUAGACUGGACGACAGAGAAGUCCAGUCGCAAGAAUGUGUUUCAGAUAACUACGAGCUGUGGGGAUGAGAUCCUCUUACAGUCCGACAAUUACUCCACAAUCUGCAAAUGGCAUGAUGCUAUCAAAAAAACAGCAAAUGCAUUGUCCGGUGGAGCAGGCAGGUCAAACCUACAGAGAUCAAACAGCACAGAGUUCCUGCCCAGACGAGCCUCUGAUUCACCCAAACCCAAAGAGCCCAAACCUGAGAACAGACGGUCAAUAAUGUUCAAAUUGAACUACAGUGCAUCAGACAGUGCAGAUAAGAACGGGGUUAAGAACAGACUUAAGAAGUUCAUCUCCAGACGGCCAUCCAUGAAGACUUUACAGGAGAAAGGUCUCAUCAAAGAUCGAGUUUUUGGAUGUCACAUACAGACCCUAUGUGAACGUGAGGGAACCACCGUACCCAAAUUUGUCCGACAAUGUGUAGAGGAAGUGGAGAAACGAGGCCUGGAGGCAGAUGGCAUAUACAGAGUCAGUGGUAAUUUGGCCACCAUUCAGAAGCUUCGGUUCCUAGUUGACCAAGAGGAGGAGCUGAACUUGGAGGACAGCCAGUGGGAGGACAUUCAUGUCAUCACCGGGGCUCUGAAGAUGUUUUUCCGGGAGCUGCCAGAACCACUGUUCCCCUUCCGCUUUUUUGAGCAUUUUGUGGAGGCAAUAAAAACUAAAGACCAAAAGCAGAAGGUUCAAGCUAUGAAGAAGUUAGUUCAUCAGCUGCCCAAACCUAAUCAUCACACCAUGAAACUGCUAUUUUGGCACUUGCAAAAAAUCCUAAGUCGAUCAUCAAAGAAUCUCAUGUCGACACAAGGCAUUGGCAUUGUCUUUGGGCCAACUCUCUUGUGGCCAGAAAUGGAUUCUGGGAAUAUGGCUGUCAACAUGGUGUACCAGAACCAAAUAGUGGAGUUCAUUCUCAUUGAAUGUCUGGAGAUCUUUGGACCAGAGAGCAAGUAA